AUGGCGAACUCGGACUUUUUGAAUAAAGCGAUCGAGAUUGUGCAAAAGGCGAUCGACGAAGAUGUCAAGCAAAACUACCAAGAGGCUUACAAACUCUAUCAGAACAGUCUUGACUACUUUAUGAUGGCCAUGAAGUAUGAGAAGAAUGACAAACUCAAGGACCUCAUCCGCAAAAAGUUCACAGAAUAUCUCGAUCGUGCCGAAAAGCUUAAGGAGCAUCUCGCGAAGAGUAACGAGGAUCGCAGCAGGGCGGCUGUUGGCGCCAACGGUGCCGAGAAGGGCGUCGGAGGUAGCACGGGUGGCAAGAAGGACGGAGAAGACGACGACAUUGAUCCAGAGACCAAGAAGCUUCGAGCAGGCUUGUCAAGUGCCGUCCUCUCAGAAACACCCAAUGUACGAUGGGAUGAUGUCGCUGGUCUGCACACAGCAAAGGAGGCGCUCAAAGAAGCCGUCAUCCUCCCCAUCAAGUUCCCACAGAUGUUCACCGGCAAGCGAACACCGUGGCGCGGUAUCCUCAUGUAUGGACCUCCAGGAACCGGUAAAUCUUUCCUCGCCAAAGCCGUCGCCACCGAAGCCAAGUCGACCUUUUUCAGUGUCUCCAGUUCGGAUUUGGUCAGCAAAUGGAUGGGAGAGUCAGAACGUUUGGUGAAACAGCUCUUCCAGAUGGCCCGUGAGGCCAAGCCAUCCAUCAUUUUCAUCGACGAAGUCGACUCGUUAACUGGUACAAGAGGAGAAGGAGAGUCCGAGGCUUCCAGGAGAAUCAAGACCGAGUUCUUGGUGCAGAUGAACGGUGUCGGCAACGACGAGACAGGUGUUCUGGUGCUUGGUGCCACCAACAUCCCGUGGGCGCUCGAUCUGGCUAUCAAGCGUCGAUUCGAAAAGCGUAUCUACAUCCCGCUGCCCGAUAUCGAGGCGAGGAAGCGAAUGUUUGAACUCAAUGUCGGCGAGACUCCCUGCUCAUUGGACAGCAAAGACUAUCGCAAGCUAGCAGAGCUGACCGAAGGUUACUCAGGAUCGGAUAUCAGCGUCCUGGUGCGAGAUGCGCUCAUGCAGCCAGUCCGUAAGGUGACGGGCGCGACACACUUCAAGAAGGUUAUGGCACCUGCCAAACGCAAGAAGCAGCAGGAAAAGGCCAAGAACGGCUCGGUCGACACAGGUGCACACGGCGAUGCUGCUCAACAGGAUGGUGACGAAGCAGCAGUCGAGGACGAGGUGCAGGAGAUGAAAGAAUAUUUGACGCCCUGCUCCCCAGGAAAUCCCGAUGCCAUAGAGAUGACCUGGGACGACAUUGAAGGAGAGCAACUGCUGGAACCCAAGCUGGUGAUGAACGACUUCUUGCGAGCCAUCCAGGCCGUGAGACCGACCGUCACAAAAGCCGAUAUCGAGAAGCACAUCGAGUUCACCAACGAGGCCGGCCUCGAGUAA